GCGGUGCGGGCUUGCCACGUCGCUGUUGUGUGUCAACAUGAUUCUUCUUCUUCUCUUUUCUCUUCUUCUCCUCGCAGCCUUGCGAUAACUUUUAAAAACAAGAAGCUUUUUUUUUUUUUUUUUUUUUUUCGCUCCCCAGGGCGGAUCUCCUCCAGCAGCCACACCGAGUCGUCGUCGCUCACCUCCCCGCCGCCAUAGUCGCUCUUGUCGGGUGUGGAGGUGCUGGAAUGUUCGCUCCCGUCUGGACCUGAUGCGUCCUCACUGGCUUCAUUGAGGAGCGAGGGGGGGAAGUCCCAGCGCCGGGGGUUGCCACGGUAACCGGCGACCAUGCCAGGGGGUCGCAGGGGUCCCAGCAGACAGCAGUUGACCCGCUCCGCCUUGCCCUCCCUGCAGACUCUGGUCGGAGGCAACGUGGGCAACGGCACGGGCUGCAGGAACAGGAACAGUAACUCGGUGGGUCUGUCCGCACCACCCAUCUCAGCCCUCAUAACGCCAGAGCCCGUCCGCCACUCGAGGAUUCCCGAGCUCCCGCUGGACAGUAACCUGCUCUUCGAGUUCCUCCUCUUUUUUUACUUGCUGGUGGCCUUGUUUGUCCAGUACAUCAACAUCUACAAGACCGUGUGGUGGUACCCAUACAGCCACCCGCCGGCCUCUACCUCACUCAACUUCCAUCUGAUGGACUACCACCUGGCCAUCUUCAUCACCGUCAUGUUGGCCAGGAGGCUGGUGUGGAAGAUAGUUUCCGAGGUGUCUCAGAGCAGCAGGGGCUCCAUUGUGGGCUACGUGGUCCUGAUCGCCGCCAGGCUCUGUCUUCUCACCUUGUGUGGCUGGGUUCUCUGCUGGACCCUGGUCAACCUCUGCAAGAACCACUCGGUCCUCAACCUGCUCUUCAUAGGAUACCCGUUUGGCGUGUACGUGCCACUCUGCUGUUUCCACCAGGAGGGCCCCAAGAGCCAGACGUCUGCGGCGGACUGCGACUACUCGCCCGACCAGCAGCAGCUGGAUCUAGCAGAGACCCCCUUCUUUCGGCCCCGGGACUUCCUCUUACUCCUGCGGGAGAACCUGAGGGAACAGUUCUCUGCGGCCCCGCACAUGCCCACACACACCUGCCCGCCGCACACCCACACCCACACCCCCGAGAUGAUCCGCUCGGAGGUGGAGGAGCUGAAGAGCGACUUCAACCGGCGGAUCAAGGAAGUGCUCUUCAACUCGCUGUUCAGCGCCUAUUACGUGGCCUUUUUGCCGCUCUGCUUCGUGAAGAGCACGCAGUAUUACGACAUGCGCUGGUCAUGUGAGCACCUGAUCAUGGUGUGGAUCAACGCCUUUGUGAUGCUGAUGAACCAGCUGCUGCCUCCCAGCUACUGCGACCUGCUGCACCGCUCCGCCGCUCACCUGGGCCGAUGGCAGAAGUUGGAGCACGGCUCUUACAGCAACGCACCUCAGCACUUGUGGUCAGAAGGUGCUAUCUGGCCUCCGGGAGUGUUGGUACGACACAAUCGCUGCGUCUAUAAAGCAGUUGGAGCCUAUAAUGUCGCUCUGCCCUCCGAUGUUUCACAUUCAAGAUUUUAUUUUCUGUUCCACAAGCCGUUGCGGAUCCUGAACCUGCUGAUCUGGAUCGAGUCCAGCGUGGUCCUGUACCAGUUGUACUCCCUGCUGCGCUCGGAGCGCUGGAACAACACUCUGUCUCUGGGCCUGAUCCUCUUCUGCAACUACUACGUCCUCUUCAAGCUGCUGAGAGACCGCCUGGUGCUGGGUAAGGCCUACUCCUUCCCUCUGGCCCACAGUCUGGCCUUCAAGGCGCACUGACGCCGGCCCUCGGACUCCCGCCUCUUUUGAUACCGUUCGAUUUUUCAUGCAAUGUUUGUAUAAAACCUAUUUAAGAAUAUUUUAUUUUGUAUACUAUUAGGAGUUACGCCGGGCAUUCAUUCAUUCAUUCGUUAGCACAGCAACAUGCUGUUGUUGUUGCCUGGCGACCAAAGAGGAAAUACGUGCAAGUUGCCAAGCAACCGCUGACUACAUUUGGAAUUUCACUUACUAAUAAAAACAGUCCAACUUUUCA